AAUACGAACAUUUUACAGUAAUUGUUUAAAAAUAGAGAGAUGAAAAUGUUAAGUAAGAUGUAAAUUAAGGAUGCAAGUGUAAUUUUUACUUGGUAUUGUCAUUAUUUCUAUUUACUUUCAUCCCCGCCACCGUCCGUUUUGCGUUUUGCACAGUGCAACGGUGAGUUUUAGUGAUGCCCAUUUAGAAUCUCUGACCCUCGGAGCCGAUCUAACCUCUUCUCGCUCUCCCUUCAGCACCGAAUUGAGUGGUCUGUCUUUCGGUUCGUCCCUUGCUUUCAUCUUUCAGUUCUGGAUUUAUCUUUAUUGAAUUAGCGAUGCAGACUGAGUUUCAUGAGACGCAGGGGGCCAACAGAAACUUAUAAUAGUAAGAAACGAAAAAAGAAUCUAUAGCGAUACCAGAAGCUGAUCGCACAUUUUGAAUCGGAAGUCGAUAAGGUGCGAUUAUGGCAAGCGGGCAAGUGGCAAAGCGAGUGAAAUACAAGACCUCAGUAAAGGAUCCUGGCACUCCUGGUCGUCUAUUAUUGGUAUUCUUCUUUUUUCAACCCUACUUUUUCUUUCUCCAAUUUGAAGCUAUAACAGAUCACAAGUACACGAAGGAGGGAUCAAAUAAAGCACCAAUGCUGAAUCUCACCUCAAAUCAGGGUGUAAGCUACAUAUUUGAGUUUGACAAUUACAAUGACCUCCAUGUUUGCAGAGAAUUUGUGGGAAAAGCGCUAUCAAAGCCUGUAGAGUCUUCAAAGCCUGCAGAUACUUCAGAAGCUCCUUCUGAACAACCUAGUACAGAAGAACUGCUUCUUCGAAUGAAACUGCUGCAAGAAAAUAGUGAGUUGCAGAAACUUCAUAAGCAGUUUGUGAGUGAUGGUGUAUUGACAGAUACUGAAUUCUGGGCAACAAGAAAGAAGUUGCUAAAUGCGGACUUCAGCAAAAAAUCAAAGCAACGGGUGGGUCUUAAAAGUGCUAUGCUUUCUGAUUCAAAGCCACUGAUUGAUGGGCGGACAAACAAGGUUACCUUUAAUUUGACACCAGAGAUUGUAUGCGAGAUUUUUGCAGAGAAACCAGCUGUUCACCAAGCGUACUUGAGUUUAGUUCCCAACAAGAUGACGGAUAGGGAUUUCUGGACCAAAUAUUGUAGAGCCGAAUACCUCAAUCACUCGAAAAAUGCUCAUGCUGCAGCAGCAGAAGCUGCUGAAGAUGAGGAACUUGCCCUUUUUCUGAAACCUGAUGAUAUUUUGGCGAGGGAAACUCGGCGGAAGAUCAGAUGUGUUGAUCCAACUCUAGAUAUGGAAGCUGACCUAGGGGAUGAUUAUACACAUUUGCCAGAUCAUGGGAUUGUUCGUGAUGGUAUUAAGGAAAUAGCAGAAUUACAGAAUGAGCCAUACAGAAGGACUUUGUUACAGGACCUGAACCGCCAUGCUGCUGUUGUUCUUGAAGGAAAAGCCAUAGAUGAUGAGCAGUUGAAAGACACAAAAACUGUAGCAGAGGCACUUGCACAGUCAAAACAGGGGCAUAAAACGCUAUAUAGAGAACCUGAUGGGAGUGACAAGGAAAGAUCGAGUAGAAUUUCCCAAAUGAUGGAAAUUGAGGAUCUUCAAGGAUCGAAUGAUCUUCCUUUAGCACCUCUUUGCAUUAAGGAUCCGCGGGACUAUUUUGAUUCUCAACAAGUUACUGCACUUAAAACAUCAAGAGAUACACCAGUUGGAACAGAAACAGUGAACUGCAGCUUGACCUCAAAGGAAGCUUAUGGUUCUUUGAGGGAUUCCAUUUCUGAAAUUAAAGUGGUGGGAUUGAAUGAUCCUGUAGUUAAACCUGAAGUUGCUAUGAAGGUUCUCUCUGUACUGACACAUAAUAUCUCGAGUACCAAGUAUAAUAUUGGAAAGAAUCCUAGGGAGAGCGUCUUGGACAGGUUUCCAAACACAAUAAAGGAUGAACUGCUACAUCACUGGAUGUCUGUUGAGGAGUUGUUGAAACAUUACUGGUCAUCAUAUCCAAUAACUACUGCAUAUCUUUAUGCUAAGGUAAGCAGACUGAAGGAUGCAAUGUCAAAAAUUGAUUCACAGUUGCAGAGGAUGAAGGAAUCCGUGCAGUCAGACCUUCGAAAUCAACUUACACUCCUUAUACGUCCAAUGCAACAGGCUCUAGAGGCCGCCAUGCAACAUUAUGAUGCGGACUUGCAGAAGAGAUCGGAGAAGAGUGGAGAGAAACCAAACGGCUAUGUCUAGAGAAAAAUUUUCCCUUUGUCAGUUUACAGGUACGCUGUCGAUUGGUGUUGAGCCUUGUGGCAAUUAAAUUCAACUGUACAUCAAAUCAAUUUUGUUGUGAGCUCAUAUGCUAGUUCCACAUUUUCAUUUGUAAAAAAUUAUUGUGUUAUGGAUGCCUGUGGAGAAGAUGCUGAUACAAAUGAUUAUAAAGGGAGCAUCAUCAUAACCGAAACUAGUGAUUCCCAAAGGCUCUUUGGUCUUCAUGCA